ACCAACACACGCCUUCUCCUGCGCCAUUUUCCUUUCCAAGGAUCAACAAACGUCGUUGGUGUGGGAUUGGAUAAGGCUUUUUCUUUGCCGAAAUGGCAGUGUAAACGUGUGCAGCGAGCCAGCAGCCGACAACAAAACAGUGCAUCCAGCCAGUGCACUGAUCUCUUCGAAAUCAGCAAAAAUGUCGUUCUUUGUGGAAACCCUCAGCACUGCUGCAUUCGACAGCAUAAAAUUCAUCGCCUGCCUACGAUCCUCACACAUUCCAUUUGUGACCAACAACAACCAUUAUAACCAUGAUGACGACAAACUCACUGUUUGGCCUGGACGACAUGGAGGCUCUGGUCUGGGGGUCUUCCUCUCCCAUGGCUGACAUGGGCUCCCUGAUUUUCCACCCUGACAAAGAAGAAGAACAUGAAGGAGGGAAAACCUCUUUGGAGGGGGACACCUCGCCCGUGUCUUCCCUCACCUCCUCAUCGCUCUCUUCUUCCUCCUCUCCUCCCUUUUACUCUCCUCCUCCUUCACCUUCGGCUGCCAUCCUCCAUGGGAACAAAUCUGGGACGGAGUCCGACCUGCUCUCCCUGUCGUGGUUGGACCAUCCGGGUCAGCUGAGUUGUGAUCAGACAGGCUCAGAUGACAACAAAGAAGAAGAGUUUGACGAUGGGGCCUGGAUGACUGAGAAGAGAGACCUGUGCGAGUUUGAUCUAGGCUCGUGGGUUGACCCGUGCAGUCUUGUCUAUGAGUCCCCCUCCUCCCCAGAGGACCUCCUGACCUCCCUGGAUUGCCCUAUGGAGCUAGAGUCCUUCCAAAUCCCUAUUUGUUCAACUCCUGUGCCCCCAAAAUUUGAUCCUGCAGUUCCAGCUACACCUCCCCCUGCACCACCCUCUGUGUGCACAGAUGUUUGUUUUGUUCCAGAUGUUGAGCCUUCAUCUUGCCUGGAUGGGCAGGAGGUUCCCGCCUCCCCACCGUGUGUCCCAGAGCCUAAGGAUGAGCUGGAGAUCAAGUCUGAGCCAAUUUCCCCUGAUCCUCCUUCCCCUCCAGUUGACUGUCCUUCCUCCCCUCCUUUCACGUUGGAUUUGGGCAGUGAAGUGGAUGUCUCAGACAGUGAGGCGAACGUGUCAGAGAACGAUGUCAGCGUCUCAGAGAGUGAGAUAAAGCCAGUGGUGGAUUCUGUGGUUCCACAAGUCCCAAAAUUAGUGCUCUCCCUGUCAUCCACUGGCAUUGUGCUCCUCCUUGCUUCCAAAAAUGAAGUCGGGGUCGCCACCACCACUGUGGCCACAACUUCCGAGAUUGCCCACACCUCUCCGCCACCAAGAUCUUCUAGGUGCAGACCAUAUCCUGAACACAAGAGCAAAGCUGUUCCCGCAUCUCCCGAUGCUGCCAGUGUCAAAGUAAAGCCUCAGUGGCACGGAGGUGAAAGGGCGGCACCCAGGGCACCAAAAGAUAGGAAACUGAAGAAGAUGGAGCAGAACAAGACUGCUGCCACUCGUUACAGGCAGAAGAAGAGGGCUGAGCAAGAGGCUCUUCUGGCAGAGCACACGCUGCUGGAGAGGAAGAACAUGGAGCUUACAGAGAAGGCGGAAUCCAUGGCCAGGGAGAUCGAGUACCUGAAAGAGCUGAUGGAGGAAGUUUGCCAGGCUAGAAUCCAGAAAGGGCUCGCUGGUGAGCCCUAGUGGUCAUAUUAAAGUUGAGCAAAAAAAAAAUAUUUGUGUGUAAUAGGAAGCAUGAAGAGUGUUGGGUGGGUGGAAGGAUUUAUUAAGUACUUGUAGUGACUGCACACUCUGGUGCAACUGAUGUGUCAUAUCUCAUUUUGUGUCUAUAUAUUAAACAUUUAAUACUUAACAGUAUAGUUUAUUUACACUAGUACUUUGUACCCAAGUAAGUUGUCUUCAGUUUAAAUGUGUAUAAAAUGUAUGCUCUGACCAUGUCUAUUAUGAAGCUCUUAAUAAACAGAAUCUCUUAUAUUUG